AUGCUGAGCACUGCGGUACAUAACACAGACAUGAUUAAAAAGGACACACCUUGGUUCUUUCGUAUGAAGUCCCUGGUUGGAGAGCAUCCAAACAAGAAUCCUACUGGUCUUGGAAACAACAAGACCGAGAUCGACCUCUCUGUUCUCAUCACUGAUGGCGAUGAUACCUCGAGUGUUGGUGGCGGAGUAUUGGAUGUUGAUGACUCCAGCAACUCAGAUGACAUUGAAUUCCCCGCUGAUCCAUCUGCGCCAAUCCCACCUGCGCUGAAGCAGAAGCUUGAGGCUAUUCAAGAUGAUGCAAACAACUCAGCUGAAGUGAAGGUCAAGGAUCAGAGCAGCGAGGUCCCAUCAAAGAAGAAGAAGCCAAAAGAUGCUCCCAUGGUAAAACCGAAGACGGAGAUGAACGGAGGUAGUGUGAAGGCAGAGAAAACAAAGGAUCAAUUUGCAGCAGUUGCAGAGGCAGAGGAGGAGACAACCAGGAUGGCGGUGGAAGCAAAGAAGCAGUGCAAUGAGGCAAGGAAGGAGAUGUUUAUCACACAUCUUGAUGCAAAGACUUGUGCACAGAACAACAAACUCAAGGCCAAGCUCCAGCUCGAACAACUCUGGAUAGAACACAAAAUCUGUCUGGCUCAGCUGGACUUUCCCCCUUGGCUUCAGCAGAACACUGUUGGAGGAAUGCCCAUUGGGCACGCUCACAUCACUCAACCUGUUGCACGUGUUGAUCAAGACUUGGCAGCAUCGAGCUCCAACAUCCAGUGGCCGCAACCCCACUUCAGUCCAUCUUUCUUGUCUCCCACCUCUUCUCUGUUUGGUCUUGGCUUGGAUGCCAGUGCAUUCAACGGCAUGGAUCUUGAUAGCUUGCCAAGUCAUUUUUUGAAAGGGUCUGGGACAGUGGCUGGCAACAAUAGUGACAUGAAUGGAUGGGAAAAGGAUGUGAUUGCACAUCAUGAGGAGCACAGUUAA